GCCCAGUCCAACUUUUCCAAAAGCCCACCAAACUAAAUUUAAAAGCCGGAAAUUUUACAGUCACUGUCUCACUCCCAUACCCUGUUUCUCAUUUCAUCACUCCGGCAGUCGGGAAAACUCUGUUUUCUUUGCUCAGGAAAUGACGAUGCGGUGGAGGAUCAUGUUGGAAGAAAGGCUGAACGGCGAUUUGGCACCGGAAACCUCCGCCGCCGCGGCGGCAAUGUCACAGCCUUCGGAAACUGCUGCAGGUGGGUAUUAUUCCCACAGGUCAAUAGAAACGCUGGUGGUGGUGCUGGCGGUGAUCACCAUCGUCGCGGUGUUCGCCGGAAUGGUGGCCCGGCUUUGCGGGGGAAGGCACUUGAGCAGCCGCGAGCAUGAUGUUGAAGGAUGGGUCGAGAGGAAGUGCCGGAGCUGCAUCGACGGCGGGGUUGCUGCCGUCCCUCCUCCGCCUCCACCUCCGCCGGCGGCGCCGGAGGAAGCAGCGAAACCGGCGGCAGGGGAAGAGGCAAAGAAGUGAGGAAACUGCAAGCUACUGCUACUAAUUUUUGGGCUUUGGAGUCGAUGUAUAUCAGCGAACUUGAUUCUUUGUGUAAUUUGCUAGGCAAUUGGUUGCAGAGGUUGAAUGUAUAAUAUUUUAUCUCAGAAACAGAAAUCCGCCGGCGGCGACGAGCACAGCAACAACUUGACUCUCGUUGUGCGGUUCAGUUACUUCAAAAUACUAACUCGGGUGUUCAUCGACAUUAGAAGAUACUCUGUAUUUAAUUUUCCUCGAUUAUGUAUGCAUAGAGCAACACUGCGAAAAUCCGUUCAUCUGAUUCUGAACAGCAAAUCAGGGGAAAGGAGAAAUGAAGAAAUUAAUGAAGG